AUGCGGAGGUUAAUCAAAAUCUUCAGACUGGCGGUCAGUCUCUUGUACGAGCACGGAAAAGCUUUGUCCUUCUCUAUCACAGCUUUGCUGUUGCUCUGCUACUGCCUGCAUCCAGCUAGAUUUGCUGCACACUAUGAUCACAUAAAAUUGGAGGACAUCGCUUCGGAGUUGGAAAAGGCUUACACUCCGAUGACCAAUGCUUGUGCUGUGAUUAUCACAGGUAGGAGCAACUCGCAACUGCUGUAUCCCGAUGAGGAACCAAGGGAGGAGCCUAGUGCUCUGGCUCGAAGACUGGGUGUGUUACCCGGUGGACAGUGGAAGCCAACUAAUUGCCAGCCUGUCUACAAUGUUGCCAUAAUUCUUCCAUAUAGGAAUCGACAGAGUCAGCUGAAUACUUUCAUGAACUACAUUCAUCCAUUUCUGCAGUCUCAGAAUUUAGAUUAUAGGAUAUUCGUGAUAGAACAAAGUUCCACCAAAGAAUUCAAUCGAGCCAAACUAUUCAAUAUAGGUUUUGUGGAGGCCACAAAGAUCAGUGACUUUCAUUGUUUCAUUUUUCAAGAUAUUGAUCUCAUUCCACAGAAUCCAAAUAAUAUAUAUGCUUGCACUAAGAUGCCGAGGCACAUGAGCUCUAGUGUAAAUACGUUUAGAUAUAAUCUUCCAUACACUGGAUUAUUCGGUGGAGCCAUUGCCCUUACAAGGCAGCAAUUUGAAAAAGUUAAUGGUUUUUCUAAUGUAUUCUUCGGCUGGGGUGGAGAAGAUGAUGACUUUUACAGUAGAUUGCAGAGCAGAGGCUUUCCGGUGACAAGGUUUGGUCCUGAUGUUGCACAGUAUUAUAUGUUAAAACACAAAAAGGAACCACCUAGUAGUGCAAGAUUUACAAAUUUAGAAAAUGGAGCAAAGAGAUUUGAUACGGAUGGUAUAAGUGAUCUUGAGUACGAAGUAUUGAAUCAUCAACUGCGACCUUUAUACUCUUGGAUUUUAGUCAAUGUUUAA